AUGGCCACUUGGGCUUAUCCCCCACUGCCGGCAGAGCAGAUCAAUCAUGAGGCGGACACUGCGCUGGCCCAAGAGCUAGAAUGGCUGCUGCAGUCCAUGCAGGAUUCACUUGCCUCCCUGAAAGAAGGAUUGCAAGAAUGUGCCGUCCUUCUAGCCCCACAAGAACCAGGCUCGACUUUAGUGCUCUCAUCGCUGCGGUCGGAAAAUGUCAAAGGCUUCGUGACUAGAGUCGGCACCAAGGUGGUGAAAGGAGAUAUCCAAUUGCGCCUUGCAUCGCUGCCGCCUACGCGCGGUGCCCCCAGUACCCGUCUCAAUCUGUCCCAGGCACCUGGUGCGCCGGAACUGGUCCUGCCGCAGCUGGUCUCCGUGCGAGAUCUGGUCGCGCAGAGUUUGGAUAUCGUCGAUGUGAGCACUUGGACGGGUGACCCUCUCAAUGCGGGUUUCAUCUUUGGUCAACUGCAUCUCUUGCUGGAGACUAUUAGUGAGGCAAGGCAGAUGUUGAAAGGGGAGAGCGAUGAUACGCGCGGAAAGUGGUGGGACGCCAGCGCGACUGAAAAUAUGUUCGAUCCUCCCCUCCCACCGCACUUAUCAUUCCAUCUUUCUAUCACAGACUCUGCCCUGGUUCUUCUCCUUCGGACAUUGGAGUCCACUGCUCUCAAUCACGCGCCUACUGCAUUCGCUUCAGAUAUCUCACUGACAGGGUUUUCUCUGCGAGAUCGGAUAUUCGGAUCACGGGCACCAACACAUGACGAAGCGGGUGCCUUAUUCCAUUGGCAAGAUGAAGAAGUACGCGUAAAGGAGAAGGUCCGGGUUGAAAGCCAGGAUCCUAGUCUUAUGGCCGUCAUGGCGAAAUUGUCCGCCCUUGAGCAUGAAGUGAUGCGGUGUGUAAGUGCACUGAAAGUGCUCAUGGGUAAUGAAGAUACAGAAAGUGAAGCGUAG